AUGCGAAAAAGUGAAGAUAUGAUGCACACUGUUACAACAUUCUGUAUUGUUUUGGUCAUUUUUGCCAAUUAUAAUACUUUGGCUGAUAAACAAAUAUGUACUACUUCUCCAUAUAGUAAACAUCUUGUCGAAAAGGGUUGUCGUCGUUAUGUUAAAAAUUAUGACAUAACUGGCGUAGCUACAACAGUUAAUCUGAAAUUUACGAGCAAACAAAAUGAGUGUGACUGUAUGCUUAAAUGCCUUGAAAGUUAUAAGACAUGUGCGUCAUGGGUCUGGAAAACUGUGUUUGUUGCACCUAAAAUGCACUCUUAUAGUUGCACUCUAUAUUCAACGUUUAAUUUACCACCAAAUGUUAAUAUUGGUUACAACACUACUUCGUCAAAAAAUAUCAAAUUAUUAGAAGAUAAUCCACAAACUGGGGGACUUGUACCACAUUGUGAUGAAUUUGGUGCAACGAGUGAUCAACAGUGUGAAAAACUGUCACGUUGCGAACAAGCGUCACUUACGCCCGAUAGUACAAUGGAAACUACACCACCAGCGGAACAGCCCCGAGUCUUGGAUGGAGAGUCAGCGGACUAG